UGAAAUCUCGACUGGCGACAUCUAGUCGAAUACGUCACGAAACAUACGCAGAUUCGGAUUUUCCUCCAAAUAAUAAUCGAAUUUUAACCAAGUUGGAGCUUAAGAUUGUUUUCUGCCUUCUUGUCGUAUUAUCAUUUUUAUCAGUGACAACAACGUUAAAUACAAAUCCAACAAUGUCAAAAUUAGUCGGCGUUGACUUUGAGGUUUAUGGAAGAGUACAAGGCGUGUUCUUUAGAAAGUAUACCCAAAAACGCGGGACCGAAUUAGGUUUAAAAGGGUGGUGUAUGAACACUGAUAAUGGUACAGUUGUUGGUCGUCUUGAGGGGUCGGAAAGCAAAGUCGAAGAGAUGAAAAAUUGGCUACGUUACACUGGAAGUCCUCAAUCAGCCAUAGACAAAACGGAGUUUCGAAACCAGCAAGAGAUAUCUCAACCUACAUUCGCUAGUUUUGAAAUUAAAAAAUCUUGACUUAAUGUUAUAUUCUGAAUCAUCUAUUUAAUCGUUCGUUUUCUUUAGCAUUUAUAUUUAUUGAAAAUUAUAAGCAAUACGCACGCGUUUGCAAAAUGAAAGAGCACUAUCUUAUUUCCAUGUAUUUGCAAAUAUAAUAAGUUUAUACAAUAAAUAAAUCUAACGCAUGGAAAUGGAUAUGCUAUGCAUUAAAAUGAAUAUUUUCAGUUUUCGAAAUGUUA